UCCUUUACACAUCAAGGCGCCAUGGGCAUGAUGGGUAGAAGACAUGCGCAGUCAUUCGCUAUUGACAACGGUGCAAAGCCCUCGAAUAUUACUAUUGUUUUAGAUGUGGAUGCAGAGCAGUAGCAUUCAACUCUCUGACUCCUUUUCCUUUCGGUGAAUUCCGGGCUAAGCAAAAAUGGAGCAGAGGUUCUACAACAGCCCCGUUGCGUUUUGUAUCCUUCUCGGGACAACCUUCUUCAUCUACGUCGGAUGCAUAGGUCCAUACAGCACUGGCACCGUCACGACCCUUCAACGGCAGUUUCUCUUCAAGAGCGCCGAAAUUGGCGUCCUUAUCUCGGUCAAUGACAUCGUUGCGAUGGUGACGGUCACGCUGACGGCUUAUUUUGGCGCCAGUCGUCACCGUCCACGUAUUAUGGGAUGGUUCACGUUCAUAUUCGCGGUGGGUUGUGUCGUCAGCACCAUACCGCAGUGGGUUGGGGAGAGUGCGUUCCAGAAUCUCACCGCGAACGCCAAUUCAACCGGCAGAGGCGACUUCAUGUGUGACGUCACCAAAGUUCCAGACGAUAAAUGUUCAGAAAAGGAAAAGGAGGAGUCAGGAGCUCAACACAUGAAAGCCCUUUGGUUGUACCUCGGUCAAGCAUUGUUUGGACUAGCUUCUUCAGGAUAUCUAUCCUUGGGAAUUAGCUAUCUUGACGAUGGUGUACCAAGAAAGAAGGCUCCUUUAUAUUUUGCUGGCAUUUUCAUCGUUUCAUCUUUGGGGUCUUUCGUGGCCUUUGGUCUGAGUGCCUUCAGUCUGUCCCUGCAUACGGAUUUCUAUAAGAUCAACGUCGAUGAUCUCGGUUACGAUGACAGAGAUCCAAGGUGGAUUGGGGCAUGGUGGCUUGGCUAUCUGGUCUAUGCUGGACUGUUUAUUCUUCUCGCCUUACCAUACUUCCUAUUCCCUAAGAAGUGGCCGCUUCAGUUGAAAGAGGAUGAAAUUGAGCUUGAAACAAAGCCGGAAACAAAUGAUCGUAAGAGCGUUUCUGCAGAUCAGGAGUGCCAAACGACAAUCAGUGGCGAUGUAGACGAAUUCGGGGUCGUUGUUCAAAAUGCAGUCCAAGCACCGGGACCUCAGCUGAACGGCGUGUCAGAGAAGCCGAACGGUCAUGAUAAGAGGAAUGGGGUGGGCAACGGUUAUAACAAGAUCGACAACGAAGCAGACGAUGUUAAUGGUGAGGAAGAGAUCACUGGUGACAAUGAAGAGAAGGGGAAUAUCCUGAGUUUUGCUUCCGUUACAGGCUACCUCUCGGCAAUCCGACGCUUACUCUUGAACUUCACGUUCAUGGCUCUUAUAAUGGGAUCAACCUGCUCUUCCGCAAACCUCAGCGGUUACUACACGUUCAUCGGUCGUUAUCUUCAGACUGCAUAUGACGUCACCCCUGCAGAUGUCUCCAUUAUAUUAUCUGCCGUGUCCACUCCAACCUCAGCCCUUGGCAUAAUGUUUUCUAGUCUGUUAAUCAACAGAAUGAACUUGAAGUUAAGAGGUCUACUGAAUUUGGCGGCAAUAUGCAAGGGUAUCGCAGUAGCCUUCGUCUUGGGAAAUUUUGCCGUUUUCUGCAGCAAGGCUCUGAUAGCAGGUGUGACCGCACCCUACCCCGGUAGCAAUGAAAUCAGCUUGGAAACGGCUCCUACUUGUAUGGCUAAUUGUGAGUGUGAGAAAGGUGUUUAUACUCCAGUUUGUGGAUCUGACGGCCUUACCUACGUCACACCUUGUCACGCGGGUUGUACCGGGAUUCGUGAGAAUGAUAAUGGAGAGACGGUCUACACUAACUGCACCUGUGUGUCGCCUACCUCGACCGCAAGUCCGCUUUUUGAAGGACCCUUGACCGCCGUGAAGAACCAAUGCCCACGAUUCUGUCGUGUCAAGAUCAUCGUCUUUAUCUUCCUGUAUUGCGUCUCAUCGUUUUCCCAGUCCUCGAUGGGAAACUCCGUAGUAAAUUCAAAAUUAAGGGUCGUGGAGAACCGGGACAAGGCCUUAGCGCUUGCUCUUGGAAGCUUCUUCAAUAAAGUUCUGGCGUACAUCCCUGCUCCUAUCUAUUACGGCCUGGCAAUACAGUCAACAUGUGCAAUGUUCCAGGAAUCCUGCGGAGAAACUGGGAAUUGUCUCAUCUACGAUACAGAUCGAUUAGCGACCAAUUUCUGGGGGUUAUUUUGUGGCUUGGGUGUUGCCACCGUGUUUUGUUACGCAGUGGCAUCUUUCUCCCUUCGUCGAAACGCAAAAGGGGAGUAUUACGCCCUCCAGCUGCACUUCUUUAGGUCAAAGUCCAAAAAUGAGAAAGAAGAAAAGGAGUAAUCAUUAAGAGGAAUGAUCCCAACGACAUCCAUAUACAAUUCUAUCCUAUGUCGUUUGGCUGUGAUAAAUUGUAUUGGGAACAGGCGUCAUUCAGGUUACAUCACAUCAGGUUACGUAUUCUGAAGUCGGUUUAGCUUAAACCAUGGCCUAUGUCUGGUCUAAACUAUGGGAAGCUAUGAUUAUUUAUUAAUUAAUUAAUUAAUUAAUUAUUAGUUGAUUUAACUACUAAUUUUUAAACUUCAAUGCUUAAUUUGUUUACUAUGAUGCUUCCUAAGGUUUAAUGGUGAUGAAUUCUAAUGUAAGUACCAUUUCAAGAAUUCUUUUACGAUUUGAAUGCCAAACGUGAUUGAUCAUCUAAUUAUAGAAAUUGAUGUCACAUUUGGCUUUCCAUAGUUAAACCACAACUUUAGACUGUAUGGUUUUAGCUAAACCAUAGUUCAGAAUUCGGGCCAUGAAGUCAGGAAAAGAAAGAAUAAAUGGUACUUUAAAAUGUCUUUAAAAAAAGUUAUUCAGUGACUGCUUUGAGUGUAACUAUUGAUAUAAUAAUCAUUACCACUUUCAUCAUUAUAUUACUGGAUACAAUAUUUGCCAUCGUUUUUUGCUUUUCCUUGUUGGAAGUGGUUAACAUUUACUUGGACUUCUCAGAGUUUGUCUAUAUACCUCUCGGAGAGAGUCUUCCAUAUAGAUUGGACCAAUUUGGUCGACUAUUAAUGUUGUUUGGACCUAAGGUCUAAUACCCACGGAGUAUUCUAGUCUAAAGCCAAGAUGAGCUUAUUCCAGUUUGUCUACUUAUUGGUUAGCAUAUUACCUUCUUAUCAUUUACUUAUUAUUUACAAGAAAAGUCGCUAGUGCCUAAAGUCAUUUUUAGCUUAAUAACAGAUUUAUGCAACACCCACUAUGGGUAACUGAAAGUGGGGCAGAAAGCUUUUUGCAAUAGAUAUUCAGUUAGCCAUUUCUGCCCCCGGCCAGGCAUUUCAGUGGUUAAUCUCUAUAUAUUGUUAAUUUUUUGUUCUCUGAAUUGUUUGUAAUAAUAAUGAUAAUAAUAAUAAUCAUAAUAAUACUUUUUUUCUGAAUGUCCUUAUUUCGUUCUGAAAUGGUAAAGUCUCAUUCCCUACGGUGCAGGCGCUGCGGAACCGGGGGGCGCUAGGGGCCCUUUUUCAAUAAACCCGCGUUAAAAUGAAAUAGUAAAUCAAGAGUUGAAAAGUUGGGGAGUGGCAACCUUCAUUGAAUGACAAGUACACCCCAGCAAAAAGUUCAUUUGAAUAAACAGAAAAAAAUCCAACGAGGAUUACACUGACAUUUUCAUCAAAAUCGGAUGUAUAAUAAGAAAGUUAUGGCAUUUUGAAGUUUUGCUUAAUUUCGCUAACAGUUAUAUGUACAUCCUGGUAAGUAUGUAAAUGAGGUAACUGAUACGUCACCGACUCACUAUUUCUUUAGUAUUUUAUUAUAUGAAUCAUGGAAUAUUCUAAUUUUAUCCUCAUUUUCCUGUGAAUUAAAGUUUUAUUCUUUCCAAUGGAAUUACAAUUGUUUUAAAUGUUAUAGUUCAGUCAAGUUGGUCCUUAUUGUCAUAUCGGUAAACAUUGAAAUAUUAUUCAAACAAUAGAAAAUAAAAUAAAUAGUGAGUGAGGGACAUCAUCAACUUUCUCAUUUACAUAUCACCGAGUUGUGCAUAUAACCUUUCAAAAAAAGAAUAAGCGAAACUUUAAGAUGUCAUAACUUUAUCAUUUUACAUCCGAUUUUGAUGAAAUUUUGAGUGUUGUGCUUGUUUAAUUUUUCUCUAUUUAUUAAAAUCAAUCAAUCAAUCAUUUUGUUUUGGGGGGUGAACUUGACCUUUAACUGUUGCAUUUACCCUUUUAAAUGGUUCGACCCAACACUAAAUUGUUUGUUUAAGCUUUAGACUUAUGCAAGGUUGGAUAUAACAUUUGGAAAAGGUUGUCACUCUAACCUUUCAAUCAUUGAUUUAACAUUUCAACUAACAUUACAAUUAAAUUAAACUUGGUUCAUGAAUGAAUAUGAUGAUGUCAAUUAUGAUUGUAUUAUGGUAAUUAAUUUUUUAAAUCUAUAUAGAAUUUCGGCGAUUGUAGAUCUCGAUAGGUAUGAAUGUGUAUAUCUGUUAAGUGGUGCAUAUUAAUAUUUAAUUCCUCGGAUUCUUUUUUCAAAAUAGUUUUUCUCGGUAAAAUCAACUUUAAAAUUAAAGAAUAGUAAUAGUUCAUCAAGUUCAUGCGUAUGGGGAACAUCGAUUAUGCAUCGUUAUCACUGAUGGAACUAAGAUAAUUUUUUUUUUACUAUAAUGAUAAUUCUAUUCCUUUUAAAACACACAUGAAGUGUAUAUCUUAUGUUUGUAUUAAAAUUAUAUAAUUUUUAUAUGCGUGAAUUUGUUCACAGUGAUUCACAAAUAAAUAUAUCCGUAUCGAUAUC